UCGCUUUUUGAGAACCAAAUAAUCAACGGUCGUUUUUCUAAAGCGUUCGCCAAGAAUCAUCGUGAAGUUUCCCGCGAAUAUAAACCACUAUAAAUCACUAUCUAUAUAGAAAGCUUUGGUUGCAAUCCGUUGGGACGUGAUAAGAGACAAGCGCUAUUUUGACUCGACUCGACUCGAUUAUUACGCUUUCGUUCAUCGAGGGGAAGCUGUUCUCUCGACACAUACUUUGAAGAUCGUUUCUUUCAGAAAUUCGAAGGAGAAAAGCCGAAAAAUUAUAUCAAGAUGUCAGUCACUGCCAAACGAGAAGAGUUUCGCGUCUAUCUAGAGAGGUGUGGUGUCAUGGAUGCCCUUACAAAGAUUCUUGUGUCACUUUACGAGGAAACUGAAAAGCCACCUGAUGCUUUGGAAUAUAUACGUAAAAAUCUUGGAGGUAUUGUAGAUAAUUCUUCGGAAAUUGACAACUUGAAGAAAGAAUUAGAAGAGUCCAAAGCCACAAUUGCUGAAUUGAAAUCAAAACUAAUGAAAUACGAACAGAGUAAAGACGACAUGACAGAGUAAUUAAGAUGGAAAAAUAUAUGUUCAACCAGAGUUCAUGCUAGUCCCCUUUGGACACUGACUUUUUUAAAGUCAGUCUGACUACUAUAUAUGUGCCUUAUUAUUACUAUAAAUAACACAUUUAAGAAAAUUAGAAUAUAAGCUAAAUUACUAAGUUUUGUAUAAACAUUCCAUUAUGCACAUGUUCAUUUAGUCAUUCUUAAAUAAGAAUGGAAACUUAGUUCUUAAUUUUCACACAUUGUUUCGUCUCUAAAAACAAAUUUAUCGUGUGAAGGUACUUGUUGAAGUUACAUACAUACUUAAUAUGUUGUUUAUACAGAAUAGAUCUCAAAGUACAAAUAAAUAUUUCUUUUACGUUUAUUA